AGUCGGAGAAUCUUGCAAGAUGUGAGUUCUCCUCUCUCGAUCUAUUUGGAUCAAUUUUUUGUUUUUGCUAUAAUUUUUUUUUCUAUUUAUAAAUUUAGAGAUCAUUUGGAUUUAUUUCCAAAUAUAAGUGGAACCAACCAGCACAUGAUAAAAAAGGAAGUGUUGAAAACUUGAAACAAAACAGACCAACACGUUUGUUUAUUAGAAUGAAUGAAUUCUAUAUAUAUAUAGAUUCUAGAUUCUAGAUCAGUACAACUUCAGAUGCGGGCAUCAGGCGUUGAAAAUUAAGCCCACCGCCACUUCUCUGUGUCUGCUGAAUUCUCACUUCCACGCAAACCAGAAAUGGGGUUUCACAAAAUAACGGUUCACAAUCCCAUCGUCGAAAUGGAUGGAGAUGAAAUGACAAGAGUAAUUUGGAGAAUGAUAAAAGAUAAGCUUAUUUUCCCUUUUCUGGAGCUGGAUAUUAAGUAUUUUGACCUUGGCCUUCCUCAUCGAGAUGCCACUGAUGAUAGAGUUACCAUUGAAAGUGCCGAAGCUACACUAAAGUAUAAUGUAGCUAUCAAAUGUGCAACUAUUACUCCAGAUGAAGGCCGUGUCAAGGAAUUUAACUUAAAACAAAUGUGGAAGAGUCCAAAUGGGACAAUCCGGAACAUUUUAAAUGGUACAGUUUUUAGAGAGCCAAUCAUCUGUAAAAACAUUCCUCGGCUUGUUACAGGCUGGACGAAGCCAAUAUGCAUUGGAAGACAUGCUUUCGGAGACCAAUAUCGUGCAACUGAUGCAGUUAUAAAAGGCCCAGGGAAGCUAAAAUUGGUGUUCGCACCUGGUGGACAUGAAGAAACUAAAGAGCUAGAGGUGUAUAACUUCACUGGUGCUGGAGGUGUAGCUUUGGCCAUGUAUAAUACCGACGAGUCCAUUCGAGCUUUUGCUGAGGCUUCAAUGAACAUUGCUCAUGAGAAAAAAUGGCCUCUCUAUCUUAGCACUAAAAAUACCAUUCUAAAAAAAUAUGAUGGAAGAUUCAAAGAUAUUUUCCAGGAAGUUUAUGACAGCCAAUGGAGUCAGAAAUUUAAAUCUGCAGGAAUAUGGUAUGAACAUCGUCUUAUAGAUGAUAUGGUUGCGUAUGCUCUUAAAAGUGAUGGAGGUUAUGUAUGGGCUUGCAAGAAUUAUGAUGGGGAUGUGCAGAGUGAUUUCAUAGCGCAAGGAUUUGGUUCUCUUGGAUUGAUGACAUCAAUACUGGUUUGCCCCGAUGGGAAAACAAUUGAAGCAGAGGCAGCUCAUGGUACUGUUACCCGUCAUUUUCGGGUUCACCAGAAGGGUGCUGAAACAAGUACUAACAGUAUUGCUUCAAUUUUUGCUUGGUCACAAGGUCUUGCACAUAGAGCAAAGUUGGAUGGAAAUGAAAGAUUGCUGGACUUCACGGAGAAACUUGAAGCGGCUUGCAUUGGAACAGUUGAAUUGGGAAAAAUGACAAAGGAUCUUGCGCUUCUUGUUCACGGACCCAAGGUUUCUAGGUCGCACUAUUUGAAUACUGAGGAAUUCAUUGAUGCUGUAGCCGAGGAGCUGAGAACAAGAUUAACUACACAAGCAAAGUUGUAGAGUUCAUCUUUUUCUUUUGGUCUACUUUAAUUCUAUUAGAUUGGACUAUUACUUGGGUUUAAGCAUUUAUUAUGCCGAGUUUUGGAUUUUGAGUAUGGUUGUUUGAAUAAAAAAUGGAAGAAGUUGGGUGGGGAGAAUAUUCAGGUCAGGAUGUUGCAGAUACUGGACAGACACAACAUUGACAACAGGAAGAAUCAUGCCUUAGGGACUACACCUUUCCUUAUGAUUUACUUAAAAUAAGCACUUCCUAGACCUGAAUUUCACCCCUUAUCAUAGAUAGAAAAGCUUGGUAUUCACAAAGAAUUCAAGGGUCUCGUAGAAUUUUCAACUGAUUUUGGGUUUUCCAAGUUCUAAAAGAGGAGCUAGUUAUUCCCUAUCUUAUGUUCUGUUGUUAUAGAUAUUUUAAUAUUUGAGAAAAUUAUUAC